GAUGUUCAAAAUUGAAACGCAAAAGUGCUCACAAUACGACAGCUGUCAAACUUGUUUGGAAUCGAACGAUCCUUUUUGCGGCUGGUGUUCAUUAGAAAACAAAUGUUCUGUUAGAUCAAAAUGCUUAAACAAUGAUGAUGAAACAAGAUGGUUAAGCUCUCACGGUGAUGCAAGAUGUUCGAAAAUUAUUAGUAUGCUACCAUCAAAAAUCCAGAAGGGUCAAAGUGUAAAGAUUAAAUUGGAAGUUGAAAAUCUACCGAAUGUUAGAAAUGAAACUUAUAAAUGUGUAUUUAGAGAUGCAUCCGAUCCUAAAUCUCCAUCCAGACAAACAGUAGCAGAAAAGAAUGGUAAAAGCGUCUCUUGCCUUACACCAGAACCGAAUUUAAUGCCCGACUUCCCGACCGGAUCUGGUUAG